UUUAGCAAUGCCAAUGCGACUGUUGAUAAAACACAAUGUAAAUAUAUAUUUCAGUGUUUAAUUGUAUUAUUUUACGCAGAUUCAUAGUAAUUAUGGCACUACAUAAAGCAAGGUUCCUAUGGACAUACUGUUUUCAAAGACAUCUUAUCAAGCUGUGUGCUAAGAAUGUGUUCAUUCGAAAAAAUCUCUUGUCUGACAUGUUAAAAGUACAGCAAUCCAGUUACACAUCGGACACCAGCAACCAUAAAGGUGAACAGAAGAGAAGACAGAAGGAGGAAAAGAAGGCCAAGGAAAAGGCUGAGAAGUUGGCGGCACAAGCCAAAGAGGAGCAGGAAAAGACUGUAAAGACAAAUGAUGAAGAUAUUGAUCCUAAUGAAUACUUCAAGCUUAGAUCAAGAGCAGUUGCAAUUCUCAAAGAACAAAAUGACAACCCGUACCCACACAAGUUCCAUGUACAGUUGUCACUCGUCUCUUUCAUAGAAAAGUAUGGCAAUAUCAGUGAUGGCACUAUACUUGAGGAUACCACUGUUACUGUAUCAGGAAGGAUUCAUUCUAGAAGAGAAAGUGGGGCCAAAUUACUUUUCUAUGAUUUGAGAGCGGAAGAUGUUAAAAUCCAGAUAAUGGCAAAUGCAAAAUAUUACGCCUCUGAAGAGGAGUUUUCAAAGAUGAUUGAGAAGGUGAAGAGAGGAGACAUUGUUGGCAUAGAGGGACACCCAGGAAAGACGAAGAAAGGAGAAUUGAGUAUAAUCCCAAAGAAAAUCGUGUUGCUGUCCCCUUGCCUUCACCAGCUGCCUUCUCUACACUUCGGAGUUAAGGACAAGGAGACAAGAUUUCGCCAGAGGUAUUUAGAUCUUAUCAUCAACAGUUCGACACGGCACAAGUUUAUUACGCGUGCCAAGAUUUUCAACUUCCUCCGUAGAUAUUUUGAUCAGCUGGGAUUCUUGGAGGUGGAGACGCCCAUGAUGAACAUGAUCCCAGGUGGCGCCGUGGCCAAGCCAUUCAUCACUUACCACAAUGACCUCAACAUGGACCUCUACAUGAGGAUAGCUCCCGAGCUCUACCUCAAGAUGUUGGUAAUCGGAGGCCUAGACAGGGUAUAUGAAAUAGGGAAACAGUUCCGAAAUGAAGGCAUUGAUCUGACCCACAACCCAGAGUUCACAACAAUCGAGUUCUACAUGGCAUACGCAGACUAUAAUGAUUUGAUUGGCUUGACAGAAGCCUUUUUCGCAGGUUUGGUGAAGGAGCUCACAGGAGGUUACAAGAUAAAGUAUCACCCAGAGGGACCGGAAGGUCCGGAGUGGGAGAUCGACUUCACUCCACCGUUCAGACGGGUCAGCAUGAUUGAUGAGCUUGAAAAGAAGCUGAAUGUCAAGUUUCCAGACCCUGUCAACCUCCAGUCAGAAGAGGCCCGCUCAUUCUUAGAUACCCUGUGUGUCAACAACAAUGUGGAGUGUCCGGCCCCUAGAACCUCUGCCAGAUUGUUAGACAAGUUGGUUGGAGAGUUUAUAGAAGAGUACUGUAUUAAUCCUGCCUUCAUCAUGGAACAUCCCCAGGUCAUGAGUCCCUUGGCAAAAUGGCAUAGAUCGCGUCCCGGUUUAACAGAGAGGUUUGAGUUGUUUGUGUGCAAGAAGGAGAUCUGUAAUGGCUACACAGAGUUGAACGACCCUGUGAUACAGAGGGAACGCUUCCAGCAGCAGGCCAAGGACAAGGCGGCCGGUGAUGAUGAGGCUAUGUUUGUGGACGAGACUUUCUGCACGUCCCUGGAGUAUGGACUGCCCCCCACUGCCGGGUGUGGGAUUGGCCUGGACAGACUUACCAUGUUCCUCACCGACUCCAACAACAUCAAGGAGGUGCUACUAUUCCCAGCCAUGAAACCAGAUGACAACACUGUCAAGGCCGCGGAAAAUGCUCCUGAAACCAAGGGAAACCCAGCAUCAUAACACCAGCGGAAACCAUACGAAAACACUCAAGACGCUGGAAAAUGCCGCUGAAAUCAAGGAAACCCAGCCUUAUAACAACAGCCUGCAUCUGGUCACCAUGGAGAUUUGUGUAUUACUCAAAUACUUGGACAUAACAAAAAACGUUCUCUGUGAUUGCACAAUAGUGCUGCUAAUCUGUAUGUCUUCAUUGUGUGUUACAUAUUGCAAACAAUGAAGCUUCAUAAACUCUGUCAUACAUAACAUAUCUUUCAUUGAACUAAAACGUUUGUUUUGCCUCCUAUAUUUUGGUGUUUAUUUAUAUGGCAUGCAUUUUUGGUGAAAUAUUUAUUGGUGAUAAAACUUAGUCCCUUCAAAUGCCAUUGACUAGCAGUAGGUAAACGAAUAUACAUUUUGUUAUUUGGUGGCUUUUGGUGUUUACAUUCAUUCUCCACUACAUGUUUUAUGUAUCACAUUUGCACAAUGACACCUUUAUAAUAAAUUUGUUAUGUUCUAUAUUAGCACUUUAAAAUAGAAAAUGUGUCAUAGUUAUGAUCUUGUACUGUAUUUAAAAUAUUUGAACAUACCCAUCUUGGUCUUUAUAAUAAAAAAUAAUUAUACAAUUUAUGUAGAAAAAGAAAUGUUUGACAACAGGCACACUGCCAAAAACAGUAGUUGUUAUUGUUUUCUGCAAUUUUUAUUCUUCUUUAAAUGUGUGAUCAAAUAGCAUAUUAUACAUGUUAUUGUAUGAAAAAAAUGACAAAACAACAUUUAAUAUUCCAUCACUAUGUUGAAGUAAUAAUGCGUUGAUUGGUAUAAAAAAAAAUUAUCAUGAUUAUACAUUUAAAUCUGGCAAUGCAAUGUAAAAAAAAUGAACAUUAAAUGAAUGAGUUAAAUUUAUUUAUUCACAUAUUUAUAAUGAUUUAUUUAUAUUAUUAAUAAAUUUUCGGCCCAAAGUGAUUAGUGGUAGUAACAAGAGUGAGUAAUAGUUGUACCAGAAAGCUCAAUGUUUGUUUGUAAACUUGAUUUGUUGUGUUAAUGCUUCUGUUACAAAUUUAAAUGUUCGGUAAGAAGUUGGUUACCAAUUCAAAUUGAAUCAUGUAUUCAGAUAUUUAUUGCUUUUCAAACCAAAAUAAACAUCUUCAAAAGUA